ACCGCUAGUCGCGAAACCUCAAACGCCACUCUCUUCUCUCUCUCUCUCCCCCUCCCCACAUUCCACGCAAAACACACCCCACCGUUCUUGUCUCGAUCAUUCUUUCUCAUCGUUUUCGUUGUUUUCCUCACUCUGAUCCUCACGAUUAACCGCUUUCUCUUCUCCCAUGGAGUCCUCCAAGGCCAAGACCGACCGGUCCAAGAUCAACCACAACGCAAGUUUCAAGACAAAGUUAUGUCUCUGUUUUAAACCGGUCUCCUCCGUCGACGAUGAUGCUUUUGAGCCCGCCACGUUCUCGACCUUCUUCUCGUCGGCGCUCUUGGUGGAUUGCAGGGAAGGAACCGGCGGUUGGCGCCGCUCCUCCAAGAAGAAAGGCGACGAUGACGAUACUUGUUUCUGGCAGAUUCUCAAGAAGGCAUUGAACGACACUACUUUGAUGAAGAAGAUUCAAAGGAGGAAAGCAGCUAGCAAGAGUAAAAUUUCCAGAUCAAGUCGCAGCAUGAAAUUAGAGCAAAAAAUUGACAAGAAUUCAAAACAAGAAUGCAAAAGUAGCCGAAUAUCGUUAGAAUCAAGCAACUCGUCUCUCUUCACUCGAUCUUCGUUAUCAUCGUCAACGAACUCAAGCUCAUCGUCUCAAACUCCAGGAACUUCUUCUUCUCCUUCUUUCACAGCUUCACUUGGCUCUACCACAGUGAAGCGACGAGAAAAUUCCAAAGUCAAGGACAAGGAAAAAGGAACGGAUCCAAAUAAUAACAGGACUGAGGCUUUGUGUAUAAUCUUGAUAACUAGUUUGUUGAUUUUGAUUCUAUGGGGCAAGGUUUUUGCUAUCAUAUGCGUCUCCUUUUGGUUGUAUCUCUUGCCUCGCCGGAGCGAGCAAAACAGCCCUCCGGGACAGGGGUACAAGGAGGAGGAGGAAUUUGAUACGGUGGAGUAUAAGAAGAAGGUAAUCAUGGAAGGGUUGCUUGAGAGGAACCGUAGCCGUCUGACGAGCAUGGACUCUAUUGCCAGGCCUUGUGCUUGAAGCAUUAUUAUUUUUAAUGUCAGUUGUACAUGUAGAUUUUUUUUUUUGUUGAUUUUUGUGUGCGUGUUUUGAGUAAUAUUUUGUGUUGGAGAUGAGGCACAUUUUUUAGUGUACACUUUAAUUCCCGGGAAAUAUUUGCAGUUGUGUAUAUACAGCUGUACAUGUAUGUGUGAUUUGUACAUUUUUCGGGAAAUAUUGAAGAUCGAAAAUCUGUAGCUGAGUUACUGAACAAUGACAACUGUAUAUAUGUGUGUGUCAGUCAUGUAAGAUUUUUUUCCACUUUUUUUAUGGCCAUCGUGAAAUAAAAUAGACACAUUUUUCAUGAUA